AUGGCGACGGCGACGACGACGACGACGGCGAGCGAGGGCGAUGCGGGGGUGAUCGCGGUCGUGCGCGUGCACGCGCGGGUGCGGCGGGAGGGGGCGGUGGAGGGCGUGGUGGCGGCGGUGAAGAUGCGCGCGUCGGCGUCGGCGUCGAUGGACGCGCGCGCGGGGGCCGAGUUGACGAGCGAUGCGGGGCCACCGUCGACGGCGGACGCGUUGUUGCGACGGGAGUGUGAUCGGGUGUACGUGGCGGACGUGGAGUGGCGACCGGGGGCGGUGCGGUCGAGGCGGUUGUUGCCGUGGCAAUUCGUGGUCGAGGCGCGGGCGUAUCGCGUGAGCGAGACGCGAGAGGAGAUGACGACGACGACGAUCGCGUCGAAUAACGAGGGGCAGACGACGGUGGCGUGCGAGAAGUGGGUGCUGCCGUCGCUGGAUUUUGAGGGCGCGUGGGAAUCCUUGGAGUUUGACGACGACGGCGUGAAAUCGAGGCUGUUGGCGUACGCUUCGACCGCUUUGAUCUUCUCGAAGAGCGGAGUCCGUCAGAGCGUCGUCGCUUGGAAUCGAGUGGUGUUGCUGCACGGUCCGCCUGGGACUGGGAAGACGACUCUGUGCAAGGCUCUGGCUCAGAUGUUGUCCAUAAAAUUCUCGGAUGUCUUCGACGAGAGUUUUCUAAUCGAGGUGAACGCGCACAGUCUGUUCGCUGGGGUGUACUCCGAAAGCCCAAAACAGGUACACAGAGUUUUCAAACAGAUUCGUGAGUUGGCUGAAAACGGCAACGCACUCGUGUUCGUGCUCAUCGAUGAAGUUGAGAGCGUCGCCGCCGCGCGAACGAGCGCGAUGAGCGCGAAUGAGCCAAGCGAUACAAUUCGAGUCGUAAACGCGCUCUUGACGCAAAUCGACGCGCUCAAAUCAAAACCAAACGUGAUCGUGCUGACGACGAGUAAUCUAACGCAAGCGAUAGACUUGGCGUUCGUCGAUCGAGCCGACAUCAAGUGCUUCAUCGGUCCUCCGGGCUUUAAUGCACGGUACAAUAUUCUUCGGUCUUGUGUCCAAGAGCUCAUCGAUCGAAGACUACUACAUGGCGCAGCGCCUGUCGAUUUGGACGAUUGUACUGCGUCCAAUUGCCCGACAUCGCUGGCUCUGCGCACUGCCGUGCAAGCGACGGAUGGUUUCUCCGGGCGGACAUUAAGAAAGCUCCCGUUUCUGACGUAUAGCUCUGUUGGAUCGGGCGCACAAUGUUCCGUGCAGACUUUCUUACGCGCGCUGACAGUGCAAGCGAAAAGUGAGCUCAACGAUCGUCUGCAACUGAAACGAACGUGA